UCGGUGUGUAUUAACAUGCGUCCUUCACUUCUCCCCGCCUUGCCCACAGGAUUGGAUGUGGAUGGUAUUUACCGAGUGAGUGGAAACCUGGCCAUUAUACAGAAGUUGAGGUUUGCUGUUGAUCAUGAGAGGGCUGUGACUACCGAUGGACGCUACCUGUUCCCCGAGGAGACCUUCCGAGGGAAGCUGAACCUGGACGAGCCUGAGUGGGAGGAUAUCCACGUGGUGACGGGGGCGCUCAAGAUGUUCUUCCGAGAGCUCCCGGAACCGCUCGUCCCUUACGAAGCCUUCGAGGACUUUGUCAGUGCUGUCAGUGAGUAA